GCUCUUCUGUGAGAUUCCCUCCAGGAUGCUCACUGGUGGUUCAGUCCCAUCUCAUAGACGGUAAGGAGUAGAAACAGGAGGCCACUCUCCGACGGCCACUGUGAUUCGAGGACCUCGUGCUUCGUGUGUCGCACUCGGUACUCAGGUCUGCGGUGAGAAAGGCACCAUGCUCAGGCUUCUGAGACAGGCCAUGGACUUCUUCCGAAGGAGGACAGACCCCACCCAGGAGCAGCAGCCACAGCAGGCAGAGUUCCCAAAAGGUAACAGCCAUUUAAAAAAUGUCCAGGGAGUGGUGACAAGUUUCUAUGGUGAUUAUGGCUUAAUUAGUGGGUCAAUCUACUUCAGUUGUCAUGUUGUGACUAACCAGGUGCCAGUAAAGGUUGGACAGAAAGUUAGAGUAGUUCUGGAAGAAGUUGCAGCAUCUCAUGGAUUUAAAGCAAUCAAAGUGGAUGCACUCUGUGAUGAUAUUGACGACCCUGGGUCAUCAGAGCCUAAAACCAGAGUUUUGACUGCUUGUGUAACAUCUGUUAGCACAGAUGCUGUCUACAUUAGUAAGAAAACUUACUUCUCCCUAGACAUUGUUUCUGAAGAUUUUAUGCCUUAUAAUGGCGACUGGCUGGCCAUUGAGUACUCCAUCCUGCCAGGCACAUACAACAUCAAGGCACACUCAGUGAAGCCCAUUGAACGUAGACAUGUGGAGGAGGUCUGCAUCACCAGCCGACUUGGAAGAAAUGGGGUGAUAGAUAAUAAUAUCUUCUUCACCUUGGAUUCUCUGGAUCUUCCUGAUGGAUACAGUCCCCAGGUAGAUGACCUUGUCAAUGUGGUCAUGGUGGAGAGUGUUCAGUUGUGCUAUCUGUGGAGAGCAAUUUCUUUGAUCCCGGUGAAAUUACUGUAAUAGGUAACAUUGCUCAUUCCCUGUUUAUAUUUUCAUAUAUGGGCAGUAAAGGGACUGGUUUAAUUGAAAAACAUCACUCAGUAAGUAAAAACAAUAUUGUA